ACCUCCUUGUUGUCAUCCGAUGACGUACUUCUUCUAGGAGGACAGCGUGAUACUUUUUCCCUGCUGAGGGAUUAUCCGUAGCAGCAGAUGGGGAUACGUAUUCGAAAAAUAUUGUUAUGAUUGAUGUUUGCUUAUCAAGCAAAGAGUAUUAAAUUAGAAAUAACACAUAAUUGAAUAAAAUAUUGAUAAUAUAUGUAAAAAUAAGUGUCUUGAACCUGUAAAUAUUUAUUUAAUGCUUUAUUUUCUGUUUUCAUUUGCUUUGUUAUGUUUUCGUUUUAUAUCGGUACUUUUGUAUUUCAUAUAAAAAAAAAAAAAAAAAACAGCAGCAUAACUGACCUGCUGAGAAAAUACUUCAUCUACUUCAGAUAAAAUUAUGGAAAUCUGUGGAAUGCUAACUGGUUAUGUAAAUGUGCUUUCAGGAUAAUGAAAAAUGUAUUGUUUCAUUUGUUACAUCCUGAAAUUCCUUGGAAAUUAAGUAUUUAAAAUGAGAAAAGUUGUGUUUAAGAGAAAUGAAAGGCACUUAAUUAGGAAAUCUGUUAAUCAGAUAUUACCUUCAACUUUUCUUGCAUGUCAGUUUGAAGUAAGAUGCACAUGAAAUUGACAGCCACUUAUGAUGAGGAAUUUAUGUAUAUCAUGUACUGUAUGCUUCUGAUACAUUUCAUAAUAGAAUGCCAUCAUAAAAUACAUAUUCCAAAAGAUUUCUCCUAAAAUUAUACUAUACAGACUGACAUUUUUUUUUAUACUGAAAUCUUGUGUUUAUCACAUCAUUUCCCUGAAAUGUGCAUGCAUCUGCCCAUUGCAAAUAUUGCAUUUCACGUAAUAUGAUGUAUUGAAGUAAAUUAUGUGAACAGGACUAUGUGUAACUGUGGAGAAAGAAAUCACUUGAAUGUGAUGAAUGCCAUAAAUUAUUUUUGCAUAUAUGUACUUUAAAAGUGCAUAUGGGAAGCGACACUGAUAUAAGAUCUUGUGCAUGAUAUAUCUAAUAGGAUAUUUGCAUUCCUUAAGCCUGCUUAGGGAAACAUACCCAUACUGGGGAAAGGCCAUACAGUUUUGGUAUAUUUUAUAGUUUGUUAAAUGUUGAGGUAGCUUAAAAGAACAUACAUCUACCCAUACUGUGAAAUGCCUCACAAGUGUCAUGAGUGUAAUAAGUUCUUUGCUCAAAAAAUUCGUUUAAACAGACAUAUGGUAACUCAUACUGGUAUGAAACCCUAUCAAUGUGGCACAUGUAAUAUGGCAUUUGCAUUCCAAAGUCGCUUACUUAGUCAUAUGCGCGUUCACACUGGUGAGAAACCACAUAGCUGUGAUGUAUGUCAGAAGUCAUUUGCACGCAAAGGUCAUGUAAAUGCACAUAUGUUUACUCAUACUGGUGAAAAGCCACAUAAGUGCGAUGUGUGUGAGCGGUCUUUUAUUUUCAAAGCUAAAUUGCAAAAACACAUGUGUGCUGGUGAAAAACCAUAUAAUUGUGAUGUAUGUAACAAAUCAUUUACGCACAAAGGUGUCUUAAACAAACAUAUGUUUAUCCAUACUGGUGGACGACCAUAUAAGUGUGAUAUAUGUAAUGCAUCAUUUUCAUUAAAGUCGAGUUUAAAGUUGCAUAAAAAGAGCAUCCAUACUGAUAUAAGACCUCAUAAAUGUGAUUUAUGCAGUAUGUCUUUUAUUCGGAAAGGUACUUUAAUUCAGCACAUGCGUAUCCACAGUAGUGAAAAGCCAUACAGUUGUGAUACGUGUUUCAAGUCAUUUGCACGUAAAAGUGAUUUAAAUAAACACUUGCUGAUACAUACUCAUGACAAACCGUUAAAGUGUAGCUUUUGUAGUAAAUCAUUCAAACGUCAUGAUUCUUUAAAAAAUCACUUGCGUACGCAUACUGGUGAAAAGCCACAUACGUGUGACAUUUGUACCAUGUCGUUUAUAACCAAAACUAAUUUAAAUGUACAUAUGCUUACACAUACUGGUGAGAAAUCAUAUAAAUGUGAACUAUGUAGCAAAUGUUUUGCAACUAAAAGUAAACUAAACAUCCACAUGCGUACCCACACUGGUGAAAAACCAUACAUAUGUAAUACGUGUGGCAGGGCAUUUGCACAGAGAUCUAGCCUAAGAAAUCAUAUAUAUACUCAUACUGGUGAGAAAACUCCAAAGUAUAAAAUAUGAAAUGAAUUAUAUUUCUAAAAAAAUAACUUAAUGAUGAGUAUGAUGACUUGCAUUGAGGAGAAGUAAUUUGAAUGUAAUAAAUGUAGCAAAAGUGUUUUCCUUAUGCUCAUACUAGUAAGUAUAUGGAAAAGUAACUUAAAUCUGAAUUUGCUCUUGCAUACUACUAAAAUUCAUAAAAUUUGAUGUAUGUAUUAAAUCUUUUGCACUUGAAGGUUCCUUAGCAAAACACAUGUACCAACAUUGGUGAGAAACUACAUGAAUAUUAUAUCAUUUGCAUGAAAAGGUACUUCAGUUCAGUAAUUUCUUUAUCUACACCACUAUGGAAAUGUCGCAAAAAAAGUAUCUGUAAGGCAAUAAAUAUGCUGUCACUGAAUACUGUUUAUGUGGCAACCUAUAUGAGAGAUAGCAUUCCUGCAAAUAACUUUUCACUUCUAUAGAUAUUUUCACCUGUAUGACUGCAGGUUAUGGUCCCUGUUAAGGAAAUUUCUGCAUUUGAACAUUGUAGUGGAUUGCAUACUGCAAUUUCUGUUUUGUCUUCUGAAAAUCUAACUUGGCUUUUUGCAUAUCUAGAGUAUAAUAGGGCUCACGUAAAGGUAAAGUGUGUGCUCGUACAUGUGCCUGUUUUUUUCUUCUUAUUUCAGGUUUUUGGUGCUGAUGUUUUAUAUGAUGGGGAAUUGGUGCUAUUUUUUUGUCUUUUUGAGUCAGAAUGGUGUCCAUGAAGAGAACAACAGUGACAAAAGCUGAAAAGUGUCUUAUAUGGGAAUAAAAACUAGAAAAUGUGGAACUGAAUGCAUCGUGGAGUAUAAAUGAUAAUUUACGCAAAUAAUUUUUUCACUGUGAAAUGGUCAAGAAUUUCAGGAAUGCUUCUCAAGUUGCAAUGAGUUCAUGACUUUUCUGUGGAGGUGCAGAUAAUCAGAAAGAGAACAACUUGUGUAUAACCCCAUUUUUUUUUGGCAACGAUAAAUAUCCCCAAAACUCUCGCCAAUCUGUAACACUGCGCUAUGGGAACUUGAUGCAAGCACCAAAAUUUCGUGCAAUAGGUGAAGAGAAGCAUUUUGGAGAUUAUACAUGGAUAGCUGAUUUGAAAAAAAGGACUGAGAUUUAUAAUGGUAUAUGUGCAGAACUUAGAAAUUCAUGCUGGUUAGAAAUUUACUAUUAACUGAUGAAUUUAAAAAUUCUACUUUCCUACCUUUGAAAUACUAAACUUGAUCUGGAAAAAGAUUGAAACAUUUCUCUAUAACUGAAAGGUGAAAAGGAAAGGUGGGACAUAAUUAAAAGCAAUGUUUUUGUUAUGCACAAGGUAAGCACUGUUGUGAUUUAUUAGCUUUCAUGAACAAUAAAUUGCUCAAUAUGAUAUUGUUGUACACUUUAUAAAAGUCAAUAAACAUUGUAUUUAAUAA